AUGGCUAGGAUAUGGCAGAAUCUAAAGGCAAUCAGGAAAGCAAUGAAGAAGCUAAAUGAUAUAACAAAUGUUACUGAGAUGAUACACAAGCUCAGAGUUGUACUGAAAGACAUGCAGAGCCAAAUGAGGGAUACUAAUGUGAGUACAGAGCAAUUUGACAAGGAAAAAAGUCUCAAAGUGCAACUUGAAAAAUGGAGUCUCAUUGAAGAAAGCAUAUAUAAGCAUAAAUCAAGGGUGCUGAACAUCAAAUUGAGGGAUUCAAACAUUGCAUAUUUCUUUGCCAAUAUGAAAGGGAGGAAAGCGCAGAAUCAAAUAAAAAUGCUUACAGCAAAGAAUGGAGAAAUGAUCAACAAUACUGAGGAGAUUCAGAAGGAAAUAAUGGGCUUCUAUAAACAGUUGCUGGGUUCAGCUUCUGAAAACUUGCCAGCAAUACACCCUGGUGUUCUACAGCAUGGAACCAGACUUAAUAGGAGCCAACAGCUCCAUCUCAUAAAACCAUUCACUAAGGAAGAUGUAUUGCAAGCCCUGAAAGGAAUAGAUGACAUGAAGGAACCUGGAGGAGAUAGAUUUAACUCAUACUUCUUUAAGAAAGCAUUGCCUACUGUAGGAGAUGAUGUUACUGAGGUAGUAUUGAACUAUUUUUGA